AUGGCAGACCAGUUGAUUAUCAAUGUUAGAAUUGGGUUUCGGAACCACUAUCUGGAUUCCUUUCGAAGAUCCGAAGAGGUGUCGAUUUAUAAAGUCCCCGAAUUCCUUGUUAAGCUGAAUCCGAGCGCUUAUUUUCCUCAAAUGGUAUCAUUAGGCCCACUUCAUCAUCACGUCCCGCAUCCUGAAAUGCUUCCUCAUAAAUUGCACGCUAUGCGGAAAAGGUUUGACAUCAGUGACGAGGAAAAAGUGAUAGGAGAUGUUCUCGCCCUGGCUCCGGAGGUAAGAAAAUGCUACCAACACAACAUCGAGUACGAAGAUGAAUAUCCUUCUCGCAUGCUCACUUUGGAUGCUUGUUUUAUCUUACAAAUAUUUAGGGCUUUGGAUAUUAAAACAAAAUCGGAUCACUGUCUCUUUAAUCGAAAAAAUGUUGAAUACACUGCAUACCCCAUUAUAAGUAACAUUCUGAUGCUGGAGAACCAAAUUCCACUCUCUGUUCUGCUCAAAAUAUUAGGGUUGCAGCUGAACAUAGAUGACGCAAGCGCAUUUACAGAGCUCUCCGAUUUGGUAGAUUGUGCACGAAUAGCAAAGUUGUUCUACUCUUCUAAGAAGGCGGCCCCUCAGCUUAGUAAAAUUCCAGGCGCUGAAAAAUACGACAUAUGUGUAAUAUCAAGGUAUGUUCAUGUCAUGUGUGAGCUGAUUCAUUCUGAAAGAGACGUCUCUGUCCUAAGAAAGGCUGAAAUUAUCAAGAGCUACAAGGGAAGCGACCGAGAAGUGGCCGAUCUCUUCAAAACACUGAGCAAAGGCAUACCUAGAAGCUACAAGGAUCCGUUUGCUAAGGUGACAGAAGAUGCAGAUAAACAUUAUCAUAGCAAAAUUAAGGUCAUGAUCGCUGAAUUCACAGACGACCAUUGUUCAAGACCAUGGAGAACUGUUUCUGUUAUUGCAGCAUGCAUGCUUUUGCUCUUCACCGCCGUGCAAGCCAUUUUCUCACUGCAUCUGAAACCAGAAGCUUAUAAUGCUGCCUCGUGCAGGAGAAGAUGGCUACUAAUAUCCCUUGCAAUUUCUACAAAUCUCCUAAGUGGCUGUCAGAAAGCGACUAACGAAAUCAUUUACUUUAGAAGAAUCAUCAAGAGCUACCUGGGAAGCGACCGAGAAGCGGCCGAUCUCUUCAAAACACAGAGCAAAGACAAUCUUUUUUCAAGUCCAUGGAGAACUGUUUCUGUUAUGGCAGCAUGCUUGAUCCAGGUUAAGGUUGAUGAGAUGUAUGAGGAAUGGAAGUCUGCAAAAGCAAGCUUGUCGAAGAAAUAUGAAGAUGCAGACUCAAUGAAAGCUCCUCAUUCUUCUCAUUCUCUUCCUUUUUCUCUUGGUCAUUCUCAGAAAAAAUCUCUAAGUGUUGGAUUGAGGUUGUUAACCAAGAUGGGCUACAAAGGAAAGGGCAUUGGAAUUCAUGGACAUGGUAUGGUUGAACCUGUGAAGGUGGAAGCUAGACCUCGCUAUGCAAGAUUGGGGUAUGGUGAAGGAGAAUACUCCAAGGCACUGGAUGCAAAGAAUUCUCUGAAAGAGUUUACAAUUGCUAAGUGA